AUGAACGAGGAACUCAAGCUAAAGAUGGACAAACAUGCCAUGCUUCUUGACGGCAAGGUGCUUAAGUGCGAUCACUCUUUCAAAUUCCCGAAACAUAUCGCUAAAAUUGAGGAUGCUGGUGUAUUCACUGCCUUGUUCACCGUGACGAAUGAGUAUGAGGAGAUCGUACAUCAGGUUCUGGUCCCCUCAAAGUCCCUUAUCUAUCUGAAACAUUCAUUGCAAAAGAUGAAAGAAGCAUACGAACUUUAUGGACAUGAGAUGCCGGUAGCUUUCUUCACUGAUAAUGUGCAAAGCGAUAAACGAUUCUUGGAGAGCAUCUUCGACUCUUUGAAGGUUAUUCAAGAGGUCCCACGUCAGCAAGAGACUGCAAACAGCAACGCAAACCGGUUAUUCCUCAGGCUGCCAAAUGAUGUUGAGGUAGACUAUCUCAAUCGUGAUGUAGGGUUGAUUAUUAGGAAGAUGAAGGAUCUGAAUGACAAGUUGACAGUCGAGAGAAACGCUGGCAAGCCCUCGGUUAUUGGACUUGACACAGAGUGGAAUGUGAAUGACGAUCCGCAUUACGAUCAAGUUGAUGUCAUUCAGAUUGCUCAUGGCAAUACAGUGGACGUCCUGCAUAUUGAUAGAUCCUGGCUCGCACUUCCCAAGGAGCUUGUAAAUGCUGAUAUCACGAAAGUUGGAAGAAGCAUUGGUGUUGAUUUCUCUCGUCUCAAUAAUCGGUUCGGAAUUGAAUGCAAAACGAAGUUGGAGCUAGGAUCAUUCUGUUCUGCACGGCAGCUAAUCUCAACAGGUACAAUGUCAUUGUCAGACAUUUCGCUAUGUAUACUUGGUGCCCCUCUUGAUAAAGGCCCUCAAAGAAGCGCAUGGAAUAUGGCUGACCUCUCGCCAGAUCUUCUAAAUUAUGCUGCAAUUGAUGCUUGGGCUAGUUUGGCCAUCUACAGUGUUGCUGUGAAUCAUCUGCCUGUCGGUAGUCGUGUGCUUCCUACCUAUCCAGUUGGUUCCUUUGUAGAUGUGAUGCCUCCACGAAACAGUCAAGCUGUUGCCUACGGCGAAAUCGUAGUUAAUGGUAGCACAGCAACUGUAAGAAUUACAAAAGUAUAUGUUCCUGGAUAUCUGGCAAAUGGUAUUGCUUUGCAAACAUAUGGUGAACUGCCAUUUGAACUGAGAGUUCCUGCAGCUCAUCUCAUCACAGCUGCUUCACCAUCUGAAGCCUCGAGUAUUUCCUCUGCUAAUCCUACCGCCACUAGCGAUCCUGUAAUAGCUACGCCAGUAAGCAAUCCCAAUGCUAUCAUGAAGUCAGAAAUUCAGUCAAAGAUGCAAGAGGUUUUUGGUGAUGCUAUAGACAGGGUUGACAAGGCUGGCUUUACCAGUGGCUAUCGACAGUUUGCUUGGUAUAAUGCUGAUGAUCCCAAAAUUGCUUUUACUCGCGUCGUCAAAGACAUUUUUUAUUCGAUGGAUAUGAUCAAGCCUUAUAAGAGACACACCUUGUAUAAGCAGUUCACUAGAAAAUUUAGUGAAAGCUUAUUUACGAUUGAUGAGACUGACAAAGAAAAGGUCAUCGCGGCAUUUGCACAGAAAAGACUUAAGAAUCCAAGUUUUUCACACGCCUGGGAUUCGAAGAUGAAAUACGAUCGUGCGUGGUUGUGGAGAAGAGUACGAAGAAAGGUGUCUGCUCCUGAAGUGUUGCUUCCUCUUUUAAAACUCUUGUUUCUUUCUUACGGCCCUCUGAAAUGCAUCCGUGGAACAAACUGUUUAGAAGGCGGAGUCCACCAGAACUUGAUUCGCAAGUUUGGGUCGUUUGGUGCUGGUCCAGAGCUGGCUAAUGCGAUGUUUACUGAAUACAGGCUGAGACAUAAUCUCGACGUGGGUUCAAAGAACAGGCAUUCAGUCAUUUACAAAAGCCAUUAUGAUCCCUGGCUAGUUCAGCAUAUUGAUCUCUUGCGUCAAAAAAUGGGAUUCAGUGCUGGCACAAGAAACAUCGCUUUGUCUGUGAAUGCUUUGGAAUAUUGCGGUUCUGGUGAGCUCUUUGGUAUAUGCCCUUUACCAAAUGAAGAGAUGGUCAAAAUUGGUAUCUUGCCCUCUGAGAUCACGGAGGAGAGCUUGCCUCUUGUAGACAAAACAAUUCCACAGCUCCAAGACACUGUCAUCAUGAAAGUUGGGUCAACUUUGCGCUCACAUCUUGGCCGUUACAAGUUUGUUGCAAACAAUCAAUGUACAAAGUUUGCCGUGCUCGCUGUCGAUGCGAUGAAGGAGAAAUCCGAAUUCUGGGUCAUUUAUGAAACUCACUACAAGAAUAGCAACAAUAGAAGGAUAAAUUUUGUUGAUUUUUCCAGCAAGUUCAAUGAAAAGGCCAACGAUCAUCUCGAGAAGUAUUAUAAAGAUUUCGAAUUAAAAGACGGAGUAUCCAAAACAGAGGAGAUUCAUCAACUAGCUUUGAAACUUAUUGAGCAUCAAGUCGUCUCCACUAAUCAGCCUUCUCAACUACUGCCUGCAGCAUCACCAAGGAUACCAUCCAUCAACAAUGUUUUUGCUGUCGUUUCUGCUGCCACAAUUGAUGCACAAAUACCGUCGCCAUCUGUUUCAUCGCAACUGCUUUAA